AUGGCAAAGCCAAUAAAAUCAAAGGGUUCCGGUGGUGUGGCGAGAAAGAAGAAAUCAGAUCCUAACGCACCAAAGCGUGCGAAAUCGGCAUAUAUGUUUUGGUUAGCAGAAAAUCGGAAUAGGCUAACGAAACCAGGUAUGUCCGUUGUAGACGUAACGAAAGCUGCUGGUGUUGAAUGGAAUGCUGUUAAAGAUAAAAGUAAAUGGGAAAAAAUGGCUGUUGAAGACAAGAAACGUUAUGAAGCGGUAUAA